AUGUUUUUUUACCUCCUUGUAUUGGAAAUCAUCGGCCUUGAACCUGUUGCCUUGGCUGAUGAUUGUUGGGUGCGCGCUCCCUCCGAUGGCAUACAACUUCCAGUGCGAGUAGUCGUUGUUCACGACGUGGGCAAAUCCCCACCUGACACGUGGCAUUCUCUGUAUGCACCCGAUCCCGAACCUGUUGAACGCGAUCGUCACCUGCAUGAUCGCAUCCUUCGCAUCCGUGUCCGACACGUGGUCGAUCCACACGCGGCUCGACCCGUAGAUGCUGAUGGCAUCCCCGUCGCUCUGCGUUCGAAGUCCCACGUGGCCAACCGAGUCUCGAAUCAUCCCACCCGAGGCCACCACGAUGUCAUGGAUCCACACGUUGUGUAUGAUUAUGUUGCGCACGAACUGUAUCGUGAUCCCGGCUCCGUACGCGAUGUGAACCUGCACGCCUCGACCGUCGAUCGUCUUGUCGCUAGUCAUGAUUAG